UUCAACUCGAUAUUGUGAAGAUGGUAGAUGCGAUCACGGAGUUCGUUGUGGGAAAGAUCGGCAACUAUCUCAUUGAAGAAGCAUCAAUGUUGAUGGGAGUCAAAGACGAUCUAGAGGAGCUGAAGAGGGAGUUGACGUGCAUCCAAGGUUAUCUCAGGGACGUUGAAGCGAGAGAAAGAGAAGAUGAAGUCUCAAAAGAGUGGACAAAACUAGUUUUAGAUUUCGCUUAUGACGUCGAGGAUGUUUUGGACACUUAUCACAUGAAACUCGAGGAAAGAUCACAAAGGCGAGGUUUGAGGAGAUUGACCAACAAAAUAGGCAGGAAGAUAGAUGCGUACAACGUAGUUGAUGAUAUCAGAAUCCUCAAGAGAAGAAUCUUGGAUAUCACUCGCAAGAGGGAGACUUAUGGUAUAGGAAGCUUAAAAGAGCCUCAGGAAAGAGGGAAUACUUCAAGUUUGAGAGUUAGGCAGCUUCGGCGUGCUCGAUCUGUUGAUCAGGAAGAGCUUGUAGUUGGUUUGGAAGAUGAUGCUAAGAUUCUUUUGGCAAAGCUUCUCGAUGUUAGAGAGUACAAUAGAUUUAUUAUCUCGAUCUUCGGUAUGGGAGGUCUCGGAAAGACUGCACUUGCUAGGAAGCUCUACAACUCAGAAGAUGUGAAGAGCAGAUUCGAAUACCGUGCGUGGACUUAUGUUUCUCAAGAGUAUAAAACUGGAGAUAUACUUAUGAGAAUCAUUACAUCUUUGGGAAUGACUUCAGGGGAAGAGUUGGAAAAGAUCAGAAAGUUUGCAGAGGAGCAACUAGAAGUUUACCUUCACGGUCUUCUAGAAGGGAAAAAAUAUUUGGUGGUGGUGGAUGAUAUAUGGGAGCGAGAAGCGUGGGAGAGCUUAAAGAGAGCGUUACCUUGCAACCAUGAAGGAAGUAAAGUCAUCAUCACUACGCGUAUUAGAGCCGUGGCUGAAGGCGUGGACGGGAGAUUCUAUGCUCAUAAGUUAAGGUUCUUGACGUUUGAGGAAAGCUGGAAGUUGUUUGAACAGAAAGCAUUCAGGAAUACGGAAUGGGUUGAUGAAGAUUUGCUGAAAACCGGAAAAGAAAUGGUUCAAAAAUGCAGAGGAUUACCACUUUGUAUAGUCGUUCUUGCGGGGCUUUUGUCGAGGAAGAGACCAAGUGAGUGGAAUGAUGUGUGUAACAGUUUAUGGAGACGCCUAAAGGAUGACUCCAUUCAUGUUUCCACUGUGUUUGAUCUAAGCUUCAAGGAUAUGCGGCAUGAGUCCAAACUCUGUUUUCUGUACCUUAGUAUCUUCCCUGAGGACCACGAGAUAGAUAUAGAGAAGUUGAUAUGGUUACUUGUAGCAGAAGGGUUUAUAAAAGAGGAUGAAGAGAUGAUGAUGGAAGAUGUGGCUAGGUACUACAUCGAAGAGCUGAUAGACAGAAGCUUACUGGAAGCAGUGAGAAGAGAAAGAGGAAAAGUGAUGUCUUGUAGAAUCCAUGAUCUUCUUAGAGAUGUGGCUAUCGAGAAAUCUAAAGAGCUCAACUUUGUAAACGUUUAUAACGAUCAUGUGGCCCAACAUUCUUCUACUACUUGCAGAAGGGAAGUGGUUCACCAUCAGAUCAAUAGAUACUUAUCUGAGAAACACUGGAACAAACGGAUGCGAUCCUUCUUAUUCUUUGGAGAAUCAGAGGAUUCACGUGAUCUUGAAACCAUUUACUUAAAUUUGAAGCUACUUCGAGUGCUUGAUCUCGGAGGGGUUCGGUUUGCUUGGGAAGAAGGGAAGAGGAGUUUACCAGAAGUGAUUGGGGAUCUGAUCCACUUGAGGUACCUUGGAAUUGCUGAUACUUUUCACAGCAAUUUACCAUCUUUUAUCUCCAACUUACGGUUUCUACAAACACUAGAUUCAUCUGGCAAUUUUACCAAAGUCGAUCUCCGUCAUAUCACAUCAUUAAGACAUGUCAUAGGAAAUUUCGCUGGAGAAUUAUUAUUAGGCGAAAGCGUUAACCUUCAGACCUUGAGGUCUAUCUCCUCUUACAGCUGGAGCAAACUAAAACAUGAGUUGCUCAUAAAUCUUCGGGACUUGGAGAUCUAUGUAGGUUUUGCUACAGGAGUUCCUGUGAAAUGGGCUUCCUUGACUAAACUGAGAAAUCUUCGUGUUUUGAGGCUGGUGGGGACGGACGAUAUCCCUUUAUCAUUGGAAUCGGAAGAAGCAGUUAGGUCCAUGGAUGUGAUAUCACCCACUCUUGAAUCUGUGACACUUGUUAGAAUAAAUCUCAACGAAGACCCAGAAAAUGCCGAGACUUGAAGAUCUGAUCUUGGAAAAAUGUUAUUACUCGGGAGAGAAGAUGAGCAUCAGCGAACAAGGUUUUGGUCGGCUGAGGAAGCUUCAAUUGUUCAUGGAAGGUUUAGAUGAGUUGCAGAUCGAAGAAGAGGCCAUGCCCCAUUUGAUACAGCUGAAACUACGUUCCAAGAGAGUAGAAACAAAGCUGAUUGAUUAUU